GUUAGAAAUCUCCCUCAUUUUUCUGGUAAAAAUUCCCUCUCUGCUUCCCCCAAAAUCCUUCCAUGAAUUUCUUCAAGUCCGUAUUCGCCGACGAACCCGAAUCAGCCUCCCCCCUUAGCCAAGAUCCAGAUCCCAACCCCCAACGCCACCCCAACCCAUCCGCCACCGGCGGGUGGAACUUCGGCGAUCUGAUCAAAACCAUCGCCACCAAAUCCGAAACCGUCAUCGAAACCUACCGCCGCGACCUCCAGGAGUUCGGGUCGGGUCUCAAGAAAGAGAUCGAAGUCGCCCAGGGCUCUCUCGAAACCGUCGGCACCAAAAUCGACGAGCUCGGGACCACCGUCCUCCAAGGCACCGCCCAGAUCAUCUCCCACUCCAUCCUCAACCCCGAUCACGAGUCCGACUCCCCCGAUUCCUCCGCCGCCGCCGCCGCCCGCCGGAGCCUGAGCUCCAAGAGGUACAGCCGCUUCGAGUCGCAGCUCCGCGCCGCGCAGGGCGACGCCAGCACGUACUGCGAGGAGCCGGAGGAGGCGGAGGAGUACGGGCGGUGGAGGCUAGGGUUUGCGCUGGAGGAGAAGAGGGAGGAGAUUGAGGAGUUGCUGGAGGGGAAUGGAGCGAUGGAGGCGGUUUAUAAGAGGGUGGCGCCGAGUGUGGUGGACGAUGAGACGUUUUGGAGUCGGUAUUACUUUAGGGUUUAUAAGCUGAAGCAGGCUGAGGAUGUGAGGGCCAGUUUGGUGAGGAGGGCGAUUUCGGUGGAGGAGGAGGAUGAGUUGAGCUGGGAUGUUGAUGAUGUGGAGUAUGAUGAGGAUCAUGGUGGGAGCAAUGCCGUUGCGAAAUCGACUUUAGGGAAAGAGAGGGAGGUGGUGAGUGUUGAUCAGGCUGGAGGGGAGGGGUUUUCAAGCAAUGUAGAUGCUGGAGAGGCGAAUGAGGCCGCGAAAAAGGUUGUAGAGGAGGAAAGUGCUGCCAGGGCGGCCGAGGUUGUUGGAGAGGAGGAAGGGAAGAGUCUGGAGACGAAAGGCGAUAAGGAGUCGGAGGAGAAAGCGAAUGUAGUAGGGGAUUCCGGGGUGCAAUCAAAAUCUGAUGAGGAGAAUAAAGACUUGCCGUCUAAAUCUGAUGAAGCAGUGGCUUUAGAGGUGAAGAAGGAUGAGGCUCCUGCAUCUAGGGAAUCUGAUGAAGCAGUGGCUUUAGAGGGGAAGAAGGAUGAGGCUCCUGCAUCCAGCAAAGAGAGUGGCGUAUCGGCUGCUUCAGUUCGGUCCUCAGCAGAACCCGAGGAAGAAGAAGACCUUGGCUGGGAUGAGAUUGAGGAUCUUAGCAGCAUUGAUGAAAAGAGAGUGACCCCUGGUGCAAGUGGGGGAAGUGCCAAUACAGCUGAGCUGCAGAAACGGCUGAGCACUGCUGAAGAUGAAGAAGAUUUGAGCUGGGAUAUAGAUGAUGAUGAUGAUGAUGAACCCCCCAAGGGUUGAUACUUGAUAGCAAUUGAUUUUAAGGUCUUUACUCUCAUAUUUAGUGCACCAAUUCUGUAUUACCCCAUGUCUGUUAUGCAACAAGUGUGUCAUAUAUAUGUAAUAGCCAAAUGGGGAACUUUAUUUUUCUUAAAUUUGUUUCUAUAAGAUUGUUUGAAAUGCAAAGAUGGUCAGUGAACCAGCUCUCUGUACAAAAUUGUUAGCUUUCAUUAGCAUUUGACCAUUACCAAGUAAAAUUCCGAAGUUAUUGGUUGCAUACUCUAAUUGUUAC